AGAGCACCAACACCUCCCUCUCUCAUGUUGAUAAGAGAUGUGCUCCACUGAUCCUCCACCUGUCUUGAAGUGUGUUUGAGUGGAGCUGCUGGAUGGGACCAUGGGGCUCUCUCUGCUCCGUGUGCUCUCCUUAUUCUUGCUGAAUACACUCCUCUCCUGUGGACUCACUGAAUUGUCCAACAGAAGCUUUGUCGUGCUGCAACACAACUGGACUCAGAUAUUCAGCGGUGAGACGAUCUCUGUCCGGUGUGAGAUCCAGGGAGGAGGAGACACCCAGUGGGAAUAUGAAUGGAGGACAACAAGCUCCCACCAACCAGUCACUGGUCCAAACACAGCUCCCACACACAGUGAAUACAGGCUGGGCCCUGCCUCUGUUUUCCACAGUGGAGAGUACUGGUGUAAGGCCAGAGCGGACUGGUAUUCCUCAACAGAGUGGAGUGAGGCCUUCCAGCUGAGAGUAACACCCGAUAAACCCAGACCCAGGCUGACUGCUGAUAACACAACCAUCACAGGAAAGGGAAGCGUAGCACUGACCUGCUCUGUGGAGAACGCGUCUGAGUGGAGAUACGACUGGUUCAGAAGAACCUCAGCCUCCUCUGCAGCUCAGAUCCUAAGAUAUAAUGAAACAGAUGAUGAACUCAGCAUCUCAGAGGAAGGCAUCUACAGCUGCAGAGGACGGAGAGGAGACACAAGCUUCCUCACAGAGGACAGCAACCGAGUCUCAAUAGAGAACAGAGUUUCCCACAAGGCCUCUGUGGUCCUGCAACCUGACUGGUCUCUGGUCUUCAGUGGUGAGAGGAUCACUGUCCGGUGUGAGGUCCCUGCAGAUGAACUGACUGAGUGGGAGUAUGAAUGGACCAAACCCAACUCAACUACGGCUCCAACACACAAUGAACACAGGAUUGUCAAUGUGUCCUCGUCCGACAGUGGAAGCUACAGGUGUUUGGCUAAAGACAAGAAGAACUUGAAUUCCACGACCGAGUGGAGCGAUGACGUCACAUUAACAGUUUCUGAAAGACCAGUGGCUCACCUGAGUGCUGACCACAGAGCCUUUCCAGUAGGGGGCAGUGUGCUCCUGACCUGCUCCGUGGGCCCAGCAUCACCUGGAUGGAAGUAUUACUGGUUCAGAGGUGAGAAAACCUCGGAGCCCCUGACGGAUGAGGACUUCAAGUCACGUGGACAAAGUGCUAGUGCCUCACGUGAAGGACUGUACUGGUGCAGAGGAGGAAGAGGAGAUCCAGUUUACUACACCCAGUACAGUCACCCAGUCAGGAUUCAUGGAAUCGUCCACAACACAGCUGCUGUGACUCUUCAACCCAACUGGCCGAGCAGAUACAGAGGAGAAGCCGUCACCCUGAGGUGUGAGAUCCAGGGAGGAGACUCUGAGUGGGAGUAUGAAUGGACAGCAACCAGCUCACAUGCACCCCCCAACACAAAGGAGUUCAGGACCAGUCUGGGAUCAGAUCUGAGCGGCAGCUACUGGUGUCAGGGCCGACUGAAAGGUGCACGGCAGAACUCAACAGGAUGGAGUGCUCCCCUCACGUUGUCUAACGCGGCUGCACCACGACCUGUCCUCACUGUGUCUCCAUCAUGGCUGACUCCUGGAGCCUCAGGGACUCUCACCUGUGGGGGGCUUCCACAUCCCACUGCAGGAUGGAGGUUCUACUGGUACAGAGCGGACACCAUUAGUUUGGAUCAAGCCCCCAAAUGUUUACGAUAUGGGUCGAUCGAUAUUCACUUUCCUGAGUUCAGUUAUGAGCUGCUCCCAGGAAGCGACGGAGGAACUGAACAAAACUCCUUCAUCAUCCAAGGCCUGACGGAGUCAGCAGGUUAUUCAUGUCGAGCUGGAAGAGGAGACCCCGUGUUUUACACUGAGUACAGUAACACAGAGUGGGUGUGGCCUGUAGAUUCCUAUUCGUCAGUGUCUCUCACAGUGAAGCCGGACUCAGUGCAGCACUUCAUCUUUGACAACAUCCCUCUGACCUGCGAGGGAAACUCUGAUAAGUGGAGAUUUUGGAUGUCUUUUGGAGACAGAGUACUAUUGUCAGAGUGCAAGUCUCAGGAGACAAUCACAAGCUACAAAUGGAACAUGUAUCGUUUUCCUUCUGGAGUUGUCUGGUGUGGAUCUGGAUCAGAGAUCAGCAACGCAGUCAACAUCUCUACAGUUGGAGGUGAUGUUAUCCUGGAGAGCCCUGUCCAUCCUGUGACUGAGGGACAGUCCGUUACUCUCGGCUGCUCAUGGUUCAGAAGAACAAACCUCUAUUCCAACAUCUCUUUCUACAAAAAUGAUGAACUCCUCCAAAGUGAUGACAGAAGGAAACUGGAAAUCUCAGCUGUGUCAAAGUCAGAUGAAGGUUUCUACAAGUGUGAACAUUCAGGAGACUUCUCAGAGGAGAGUUGGAUGUCAGUAAAAUCGGCUGCACCACCACCUGUCCUCACUGUGUCUCCAUCAUGGCUGACUCCUGGAGCCUCAGGGACUCUCACCUGUGGGGGGGUUCCACAUCCCACUGCAGGAUGGAGGUUCUACUGGUACAGAGCGGACACCAUUAGUUUGGAUCAAGCCCCCAGCUGUUCACAGUCAAUUCGAUAUGGGCGGAAUGAUCUGCACAUUCCUGACAAGUUCAGUUAUGAGCUGCUCCCAGGAAGCGACGGAGGAACUGAACAAAACUCCUUCAUCAUCCAAGACCUGACGGAGUCAGCAGGUUAUUCAUGUCGAGCUGGAAGAGGAGACCCCGUGUUUUACACUGAGUACAGUAACACAACGUGGGUGUGGCCUGUAGAUUCCAACUCAUCAGUGUCUCUCACAGUGAGUCCGGACUCAGUGCAGCACCGCUAUCUUGACAUCAUCCGUCUGACCUGCGAGGGAAACUCUGAUAAGUGGAGAUUGUGGAUGUUUACUGGAGAAGUACGAUUGUUCGAGUGCGAGUCUCAGGAGACAAGCAUCACAUGGACCAUGGAUUAUUUUCUUCCUUCUGGAGUUUACUGGUGUGGAUCUGGAUCAGAGAUCAGCAACGCAGUCAACAUCUCUUCAGUUUCUGGUCUUGUUAUCCUGAAGAGCCCUGUCCAUCCUGUGACUGAGGGACAGUCAGUUUCUCUCGGCUGCUUAUGGUUCGGAAGAACAAAACUCGAUUCCAACUUCUCUUUCUACAAAAAUGAUGAACUCCUCCAAAGUGAUGUCAGAAGGGAACUGGAAAUCUCAGCUGUGUCAAAGUCAGAUGAAGGUUUCUACAAGUGUGAACAUUCAGGAGACUUCUCAGAGGAGAGUUGGAUGUCAGUAAAAUUGACUCCUGCAGCACCUCCCUCUGCGUCUCCUGUGCUGCUGGUCGUUGGGCUGGUUGGAGGCUUCACACUGAUUCUCCUCCUCUUGCUGCUGCUGUUGUGUUGUUGCAGGAAUUCAAAGAAUCUGUGUUGUGACAGGCUCAGCCAGUCUCUGAGAACCAAUCAGAGCUCAGACCCAACUGUCCACCAUGAUGAAGUCCAGCUGCCAGUGUACUCGUCUCUUCUCCACGGUGACGACUGCAUCUAUGACUCAAUCAGAGGAGACACGGAGGAAGGAACCCGAGGUGAUCCAGAGGAGACGUCUGACUACGUUAAUGAAAAUCCACAUUCAGCUUCAGGAGGACUAUGAAUGGUGCAUCCUCCAGAAAACAAGAGCAUGAAAAUCAACAUUCAUCCUGAAACACCUUCACAUGUUAGACUCACCAGUUUUAAAACAGCUCAUUGGAAAGAACGACUUGAUCUGGAUUGAAUUUCAGUAUAAAUGAAAAAAGAAAUGUUGUGAUAUUUGCUUUGUGUUUGCGUUCGAUAUUUCAAUUUGCUGAUAUGGGUCUUUUAAGAUAUGCUCCGAUAUGAAAAGGUUUAUUUUACAAGAUAAACAAUGUGCAUUAUGAUUAUGUCUUAAUUCAAGUUCUAUAUAAUCUGUCAUUUGUGUUUUCUUUCAAUUUAUCUUUAUUUCUUUAUGAAUAUUAUUUUACCUAAGCUUUAUUGCAAUUUUAUAUAGAAGUGAUAGUUUUUUACUCCUUGAUAUCGGUAUCUGCAUUGGCCCCUAAAAAAAGCUUAUUCUGUAUAUUUUUGCCGCAGUCAUGCAACAAAAGUUUGAAUACAACCUGUGAUGUUUUCCAUUCAUACGUAUAAAUAUGUCUUUGUUAUUAUUCACCAAUGACUCAAUGGAGGACGAUGUCAGAAAGGACAUCAUCUGUCUGUGUGUUAUGAUCCAUAUACAGUCUGUGGUUAUGUUCCAUAUACAGUCAGUGGUUAUGCUCCAUAUACAGUCUGUGGUUAUGUUCCAUAUACAGUCUGUGGUUAUGUUCCAUAUACAGUCUGUGGUUAUGUUCCAUAUACAGUCUGUGGUUAUGUGUGAUUAUUUCCAUGGCUCGUAAUUCUCUGUUUGAUAAAAACACUCGUCUGCAGACAGUUUAGCUUUUUGUUUUGAAAUGUGAUGAACUGUAACAGAUUAUAAUUCAAACACAUAAUUGAAUGUGUUCUUUCUUUUAUCUUUAUUAAACUUUGAAAUCCCAGCUGG